UUUGCGAUAUUCCUCCUUUCUGACUGUUUCGCUCUCUUUGUGUCACUUGCGGUAGUUGUGGCUCAGACAUCGCUCAUAGUGGUGGAUCCGAAAGCAAUGAAGUGGAUGGUCUUUGUGAUCAACAAACUUAUGUGGGCAUGUUGCAUCUCGAUUACUGUGGCCUUUGUGUCUCUCUCAUAUGUGGUUAUAAGACGGGAAGAGUGGUGGUUAGCUUGGUCUGCUCUGUUGAUGGCAAUAGUGACCCUGAUCUCAACAUUGACAAUCAUGUUCUACUGUGUCAUCACCCAUAGGAUGCGCCGAAAGAAGCUCAAGCAUAGCAUUAAGAGGGCCGUGACUGGGUUCGGUGAAUCUUAUUCUCGGUGUGCAACCUUGGUCUCAAACGUGCUUCUCAAAGCUGAAUGCAAGAAGAAGAUGUAUGCAAUAUAGAAUCAAGAGAAAAGGUAUCAGCAUCAGGUUGUACCAUUUACUACGGUUAUCAAACUGUGAAUUUGCAAAAGAUAGACUUCCUUUUUCGUUUGUUCAUGGAGAGAACAGUUAGCUUUCAGAUAGGAGACUCUGACAAUGAAAUGUCUCUUCGACCAUGGAUGAAGAAUAAACAGAAAAGCACCAAUGACAUGAACGUAAGAAAUAAUUCUGUGAGACAUGGUGAUGCACAGCUUCAUUUAGCUGUUAGAAUGGGCAAUUUAGCGCAGGUUAAGGAUAUUCUGACAAAUUUCCAGACAAGUCGUUCGAAGGGUUCAAUUUGGAAGAAGAACAGUGAUGGAGAGACUGCACUCCUUAUUGCUGCAGAAAUUGGACAUGUUGAGAUUGUUCAUAAGAUCUUGAAGGCUGCAAACAGGCAGUCAGUUGCUCCUGAUGUCGAUAAUUGCUGUGAUGCAUUUCACAUUGCUGCUAAGCUAGGACAUGCAGAGGUACUGAAAGCGCUACUGCAAGAUGUCCCAGAACUGAUUAAAACCACAGACUCAUCAAAUGCUACAGCCCUCUACACAGCAGCUGCUCAGGAUCACGUAAAUAUUGCUCAACUUCUUCUCGACGCGGAUGAUAGUGUUGCAUCAAUCGCACGAAAUAACGGUAAAACCCCUCUCCAUAUAGCUUCAAGGAGAGGUCAUUUAGAAGUAGUGAGAAUGCUUCUUGAAAAAGAUCCCUCUCUUGUUUUGAAAACUGAUAAGAAGGGCCAGACGGCACUUCACAUGGCAGCAAAAGGCCAAAAUGUGAUGAUAGUGAGAGAGUUUCGGAAUAGAGUUUCUUCAGUUAUUCGCAUUGUGGACAAUAAACAGAAUACAGCACUGCAUACUGCGACCAGGAAGGGGCGUUCACAGGUGGGUCUCUGUUUAUUUAUAUCUUACAUAUUGUUAGAAGAACAAUUUUUCAAAACAGACCCCUUUAGAGUUUUAUUUUUCAAAAUCGACCGGUUUUUUUUUAUUUAUCAAAACCGACCCGAUUUUGUGAUUGUAAGAGUUGUGCUAUCCUUUCCGGGGAUUGAUGUCAAUGCCCUGAACAAAACCGGUGAGACUGCACUGAAUGUAGCCGAAAAAUACUUCAAUGAAGAGAUUGCCUCAAUUUUGAGAGAAGAAGACAUCAAUGUAACAAAGAACGAUCAAGUGCAUCCUGCCCCUUCGAGAAGUCCAAACCAGCUUAAACAGGCAGUGAAAUUCAUCAAACAGGGAGUUCAGUUCCAACUCAAGCGCUCCCAACGAACCCAACAUCAGGUUCAAGAACUGAAGAAGAAAGUUGAGAAAAUGAAAUGUUCAGGUCUCAAUAAUGCUGUAAACUCUGUGAAUGUGGUUGCUACCCUUAUUGCCUCUGUUGCAUUCGCUGCAAUCUUUCAGAUACCAGGACAGUACGCAGGCCAAGGAGACGACAACUAUGCAACAGGUGAAGCCUACAUUGCCACCGGUGCCGCCUUUGUCAUCUUCCUCAUCUCUGACUCCUUCGCCCUCUUCAUCUCUCUUGCCGUAGUCAUGGUCCAAACAUCUCUAGUCGUUAUCGAUCCAAAAGCACUAAAGCUAAUGGUCUUCGUCGUUAACAAGCUUAUGUGGGCGUGUUGCAUCUCAAUAUCCAUAUCUUUCGUGUCACUCUCAUAUGUAGUUAUCGGACAGGAUAACUGGUGGUUGACAUGGUCAACUGUCGUGGUCGCCGCAUUGAUACUUCUUGGGACUCUCGGGAUCAUGCUGUACUGUGUCGUUAAGUAUCGGGUACAGAGGAAGAGGAUCAAGAGGAGCAUAAAGAAGGCUGUGUCUGGGAUUGGGGAGUCCUUUGGUAGAUGUAGGUCGUUGGUGACGGAGACGCUGCUUAAAAUUGAAUGCAAGAAGAAGGUUUAUGCGAUUUGAGAAUGGUUUUGGUUCAUUCCUAAUGUUUUUAGGCGAUAUUUUUG